AUGUCGUCGGCGAUCGGCGCCACAGCGCCUGUGUUCACCACAGUGCCCGCGUGCACCACAGCGCCGGUGUACACCACAGCACCUAUUUGCACCGCAGCAACCGCGUGCAACACGGCGACAGUGUGCUUCACAGUGCCUGCGUGCAGCACAGCGCUUGUGUACACAGCGCCUGCGUGUACCGCAACAGCCGUCGACAACACGGCGCGCGUCCUCUCGAUGAUGAACACGACGGACUCCGUGCGGGCCGACGACGACGCGGGCACCGAGGUCGACCUGCCGUUCCUGGAGAAGUUCCACGACGCGAGGUGGUUCGACAAGAUAGACAUCGCCGCAGGCAGCAUGCCCAUCUCCUUCGAGCCAGGCAUCCGCUUCAACUCCAAGAUGUACCAUAAGGGGGCCUACGACGGUGGCCAUUGCCGUGGGCGCCUGCAACGCGACGGCAUCCAGCCACCCGCACGGCAUCAUCCACCCGCAGAUGACGUUCGACUCGGAGACGGGCCUGGAGACACCCGCUUCGAGGGGGAGCUGCUGGACACGGACAUCUGGCCCCCGAUGUGGAUGAUCUUCACCAGGCGCUUCGAGUUGGGGCUGAUGGCAACUCCGACCCUGCUGAUGCGGGGCGACUUUGCCGGCGUGGACAAG